AUGACAACAUCAAUAACCGCAGAUUUAUUGACAGAUUCAACAAGUUCAGAAUCAGCAACAGCAGAAUUAACUGACUCAACAACACCAGCAACCGAUAAUAACUCAACAACAGAUUCAGCCACAUCAUCACAGACAACAACAGAUUCAGCCAUUUCAUCACAGACGACAACAGAUGCAGCCACAUCAUCACAGAUAGCAACAGAUGCAACCACUACACAGGCAACAACAGAUGCAGUCACGCCACAGACAACAACAGAUGCAGUCACGCCACAGACAACAGCAGUUGCUUGUUUUGACUGUGAAUGUGCAAUAACUGUGGCAGGGAUCACGGUGACUGGUCCGCGAAAGUUUAAUUUAAGCAACAACAAAACCGUUAUUUGUAUUCUGGAUGCAGUACAAAAUCACAAAUGGACGGUUAUACAGAGGAGAUUCUCCACCGGAAGUCAGAGUUUUGAUCAAGAUUGGAUUGACUACGAAAACGGAUUUGGGACUUUGGCGUCAGAAUUUUGGAUUGGCAAUAAAUACAUACAUGAGCUGACAUCUAUCUACGGGAACACUCAUCUACUCAUUGAAAUGGUUGCUGGUACUGGUAAUAUGGGUUUUGCCGAGUACACAUUCUUUAUCGAUGAUGCCAUUCAGGAUUACCGUCUACAUGUCUCUAACUAUGUAGGAAAUAGGGGAGAUCCAUUAACUUCAACAGGAACUUGUACAGAAUGCGCAGACGGAAUGAAAUUCACAACCAGAGAUCGCGACAAUGACAUGCAGAAUUUGAGGAACUGUGCAACAUACAGCCGAGGUGGGUGGUGGCACAAUGCGUGUCAAAGGUCGAACCUGAAUGGACAAUUCGGACAGUCCAGUUACGUAUACGGACUAAACUGGGACGGAUUCAUGGACAUAUCUAGUGUUGAAAUGAAAGUUCGGAAACCUUGACCGAAAUUCUAGCAUUUAAUGUAACU